AAUUUUAUUUAUUUUUAUUUUCCGGGGCCGUUCAUCUUCCCCGUCCGUUGUAAUCCGUACGAGAAUUCUAACAAUCUUAAGGUAGUAGUGAUAUCCGUGCGCAAUGGCGGGUAUGGACGGAUUUGGUUUUGACGCUCACACCGGAAACGGGAGUAGUUCCGAGACUUCGGUUGUGAACGUUUCGGCUGGAGUGGGUGGCUCUGUUGGGCAGACCACUCCGAUCAACAUUCCUUUCGGAUCGAGUGCGGCCAUGGGGUCCACUCCGAUCACCACCUUCGUUGGAACGAGCGCGACUAUGGGGUCCGCUCCGGUUACCUCGGUUAUUGGACCAACCGCGGCUACGGCCGCAAUGGUCACCCCACUCGAACCGAACAUGGCUUCGGCCAUACCGGUCAUUCCCUCACUUGGACCGAACACGGGUGUCUUCACAUCUGCACCGGUCGGACAUCCUACUGUCAUGCUGCCUGCAAACUCUGUCAAAGAACCGGCAAAGUUCACAAGUGUUGGCUUUAAAAUAUGGCAGCAAAGGAUGUUAUUUUGGCUGACCACCCUCAACCUUGCGAGGUACUUGAGGGAGGAUCCCCCUAUUGUGGGGGAGAACGCGGACGAGCCAACAGUUCAGGCUAAAGAGGCAUGGAUAGCGAAUAACUAUACGUGCCUUAAUCUUAUCCUGAAUUGCUUGAGCGAUGCCAUAUAUGCUGUUUAUAGCAGGGCUGCAUCCGCAAAGGAGUUAUGGACUACACUGUCCAACAAAUACCAGGCCGAGGGCGCCGGUGCGAAGAAAUUCGUUGUCGGUAAGGUCUUGGAUUUUAAGAUGGUGGAUUCCAAACCCGUGGUCAGUCAAGCUGAAGAAUUGAUUCUCAUUUCUAAUGAGUGCACUGACGAGGGAAUGGGAGUUAGUGAGGCAUUCCAAGUGGCGGCGAUUAUUCAUGUGCUCCCGCCAGCUUGGGAUGAGUUCCGAAGCUAUCUCAAGCUCAAACGGAAAGAAAUGACUUUAGAACAGUUGCUUGUUCGUCUCCGGAUCCGUGAAGAGGGUCUCACUCGCGAGAAGAAAGUAGCUGUUGCUAAGGCCAAUGUGGUGGAGCAUCCAUCCAAAG